AUGGCACAGUUGUUGGACAAUGAUCAGUUUUUGGAAAAAGUUGGGGUGACCACAGAAUCUAGUCUACAGCAUCAUCAUCCACCACGGCAAGAUUUUACUAUAUCUGAUCUAGGAUCAACUAACAGAUUGUUGGGAAUACAAAUGAAGAAAAUGCAGUCUAAAAAGGAGCAAACCACAGAAGAAUGGCUAAGAAGCUACAAUUUAGAAUCCUUGCAAUUAACAUUAGAGCAUCUGAUAAAUAAAGGCAAUAUUGUUUUGAAUUCAGGAAAUGAUGUUGAAGAGAUGGAGUUCACAGAAGAGACUGUUACCGAUUUUGAAUCCAGAAUUUGUGAAGUGAUUGAACUUUAUCAGCAGCGAAUUCAGUGGCUGUUGCAGGACCGCAGAAAGGUGUUUGGCCUUAUAGAAGGAGCCAAAGUUGGACUUGUGGUUGAUGUGUCUGGUAUGAGUUACGGACCUAGACUACUGGAUUUCCAGAAGGACCUUUUGUGCUUAAUAGAUGAACAGCUGUGUUACAAGAAGCAAUUGUACUGCCUCUCAUUCGGUACAGAAAUUUCACCUCUGUGGGAGAGUCCAAAAAACAUCAAUGUUCAUGCGCUGCAUGAAGCAAGACAGUGGAUACAACAGCUGGAGCCUGGUCAAGGCUGCAAUUUGCUGAAAGCCUUAAAACACGUCCUUGCAAUGAAAGAACUGAAUUCUCUGGUUCUUAUUGUAGGGAGCUGCCCUGAUCAGUCCUUGGAAAUACUGUCUGACUAUGCUCAGCAGUGUAUGCUGGGGAGAAAACUGCAGAUUCAUGCUGUUACAUAUGAUUGCAGCAAUCCUACUUCUCUUGCAGUUCUAAAGAACUUUGCAGAAGCUGUGAGAGGCCGUUAUCAUUGCUGCUCUUCAAAUGGAGAGAAUUUUGACAGCAGUGAUGUUCAUCUGCUACUUCAGGACAUACAGAAGGCUAAAGACCUACUCAAGAGCAUCAAACAGACUUUUCAAAGAGGAAUCGGUGGCUCACUUACUAGUAGAAUUGCAGUAUGUAUCUUCUUAUUUUCUGAUGUUUCCACAGAAUUUGCAAAUACAGCACCUUCCAGCUUCUUGCUAAAGCCUCCAAAACAUGAAGGACCAUUAGUUAUUAAAGCACCAUGUGCCCUGGCCAAAACAUCAAUAGACUGGUUAAAGACAAAUGGAUUGAAAGCAAAAAAGUUAAACCUUUAUCAAGUUUUGGCUCCCAAUGCUUUCUCUACUGUGGAAGAAUUUGUACCUAUUCUUAAAAAAACAGUAUCAUCAACUCUGCAUGAGAAAGCAAUGAUGCAGUUUGAGUGGUACGAUGGAACUGUGAAAAAUAUCCACAUUGACCUGCCAGUAUUAUACAACUAUCAGAACCUGCUAGCUAAAAUGGUGAGAAUCUAUAAGAAACAAAUUGACUGGCUAUCUGUUGCUAGCAGAAGAAUAUGGGGAAACGUUUGUGAAAGGAGGGUGGUUAUACUUGUUGAUAUAUCAGUGACAAACUGCAUGUACAUCAUCCAUAUCCAACAUUUUUUACGACUUUUACUUGAGGAACAAAUGUCAAAUAAGGAUUACUUCAAUAUUAUAGCAUUUGGGAGUGAUGUUGUGCCUUGGCAGCUGGAACUGGUUCCUUCCCAACCAGAAAACUUACAAAAUGCUUGGAGGUGGGUGUUGAACUUGCAGUGCAAAGGAAGUAGAAAUUUCUUGAGUGCUCUCAAAAGAGCUGUGGAAGUAGACUUAAAAGACAGACACAAAUCACAAGGACUUUACCUGUUGACUACUGGAAUACCUGAUCAGGAAACAUGCACAAUCAGUGCUUAUUUGGCUGAGGUUUGCAGAGGUUUUGAUUUGCAUCUUCAUGUCUGUUUGUUCAGUGUAAUGGAGGACAUAUACUCCAAUGGGAUUAUGCCAGCCCGCUAUGCUAACCCAACUGAAACUGCCAUUGCUUUUAAAGAAAUAGUACAGGCAGCCAAUGGGAGAUUUCAUUGGUUUGGAGAAGCAGGUAUUUUUGAAAGUGAUGAUAUCACUAUUAUUGUGUCUGAAAUGGAAAAAGCAAACAACUACUCCCAAAAGUGUGCAUUCCUAGUGGAUUCCUUAAAGAAACGUUCAGUAAAUCAGUCUCUUAAUCCACUUGUAGCAGAAAGAGACUCAAAUGUGCUUAUGAAGAAAGAGAAAAGAAGGCCACAGAAGUUGCCAUCUCCCAGACACACGGCUCUGAGCCUGGCUAGAAUGUAUAUUAAAGAGAACCAUGAUGCAGAGAGAAAUGCUUCCGUAAGAGUAAUGACAUGGCGUCCUACUAGUGCCAAAGCAGAAAUUCCAUCAGCACAAAUGAUUAAAAAAUGGCCUCAGACUGAGAAUAAGAGAAAGCAUAAACUGAGGAAGCAGCCAGAGUUUUCCGUGUCAGUAUUUUAUACUGAUAAAGGAAGAAAUGUGGAUAUGUUAUACCAAAAGUAUUCAAAGCUAAUGUGCAUAAGAAAGUCUGUUCCUUCUGUUGCAUUGCCAAAAACGGAGGAAAUCUGUUCAAGCAAAGAGUGGCUGACCAAGUACAGUAUUAAAAAGCUUAAACUGGAAUUGCCCAGAUUGUUUGGUCCAGGAUGUACUCACCAAAAGAAAACUGUGGAGUCUCUGCACAAGAAAGUAUCAGCAAAAUACUGUACUAUCUUCCCUAGUGUAGAAAUCAGUGGCGUUGUGAAACAUCUGCAGUUUCAAUCUAAAGAACUGGAAAUCUACAUUGAACAACUGGAGAAAGUGUUGCAGCGAUAUAUACAAAGGAUACAGUGGCUUCUGUCAGGAAGCCGAAGAUUAUUUGGUACCAUUUUAGAAGCAAAUGUCUGUGUUAUAAUUGAUACAUCUGGUUCCAUGGACCCGUAUUUGCCACGUAUCACAAAAGAACUUACCUCCCUUAUCUGGGAACAGCUGAGAAAAAAUGAAGUCAGGUUUAACCUGCUGAGAUUUGCAGAAAAUACAGAGAGUUGGAAGGAAUGUCUUGUAGAGGCAACUGAUAAAACAUGUCAUGAUGCUGUGCAGUGGAUAUCCAAAUUCCACGCUCAUGGUAAUACAUGCAUCCUUAUGGCUUUACAGAAGGCUCUCAGUUUCCAAGGUAUACAGGCGGUGUAUUUAUUGACUGAUGGAAAACCAGACACCAGUUGCAGUCUGAUUUUGAAUGAAAUUGAAAGUUUGAGAAAAAAACAAGAUACUAAAAUCCACACCAUUUCCUUUAGCUGUACAGACAGAAGAGCUAAUGAAUUUCUGAAGAAGCUUGCUUCCCAGACUGAAGGACGAUACCAUUGCAGUUCUGGAGAUGUGGAUGGACAAUUAGCAGCACACAGAAUGUUGGCAGACAGGCUUGAUGAUGAAGAUGAUCCAGUUUUCCCUUACUUUGAAGGAGAUGAUUUAAAGAAGCUUACUCAAGAAGUAGCAAAAGCUAGAAGUUUUUUAAAGCAGGCAAAAUCUUUGUGGUUAUUACUACAAAAAUGGAAUACAAACCAAAAGGACAAUUCUGGCUUUAAAAAAAGUGCUCAGUUUGUGUUUUGGUUUACAAAUAAUGCCCAGUCAUUCAAAGAGAAGAAAACCAAAAAUCCAGUCAGACCUGAUGGUUAA